AUGAGCAAAAAAGAAGAGAGUGAUUCUUCUUACGAAUACACGGAAGAAGAAGAUGCUAAUGAACCACCAGCACCAAAAAACGAAAAGAAGCAAUUUGAUUUUGGCAAUCUUGAAGAAUUAGUCAAACAAAACAAGAUUGAAGAAGCCAUAGAUAAGUGCCUUAAUGUUAUUGGUACAAGUCCAACAUAUUUUGAAGCUGCAUUAGGAAAAAUCAUCACAAUUAUCCUCAAAACUUCAUAUAAAUCUCGUUGUGCUUACUAUGUUAUCUUUAAAGAAGUAAUUCGUAGAUUCCAAGGCAAAAUACGUGCCUACGAUAUCUAUAAAGCUAUAUUAAAACGUUGCCAACAUUCACAAAACGUCGAAAUUAAGAUUGCACGUAAUUCAUGCCUUGUUACAUGCAUUUCCUGCAUCUCUAGAGCAGGCUUAUUCAAAGACAACAAGGAAGAAUGCUUGAAACAGAUGAAACAAGUUUAUAGAAUCACAUCUCAAGCUCCACCGAUCAGAUUGCUUGGUUUUGAGAUCCUUAUUGACAUGAUCCAGUCAAAUGGCUUCACACAAGAGGAAUUCAACGAAAAAAUCUACCCAAUUUUCCAUGGAAAGUUCGAUCCAGAGGAACCAAACAAUAUCGACCUUCUCUACUUGCACACACAGUUCUACAAGAUGUUCCCUGAAGGACAGUUCAUCGAUGAUAUCAAGAAUAUAAGUAAAUUAGAAACUCUCAAGAAAUACACUCCAAUUCUCCAAGCAUCCGCAAGAAUACGUAACCUUCAUCCUAUCUGGCCUCUUAUCUGCUCAUUCGACGCUCAAUCUCUUUACAAUGCGGCUUCAGAAUUAUGGAUCGAAGGUGGAGACGAUUUGACCUCUCCAAAACACAUUCUUGCACAUGCUCUUGCUGCUUGGGUACCACACGCGUCAAAUCAGGACAUUGUUUCCUUGAUUCAGAACCAAUCUUUGUUCUUAGCCGCUGCAAACGCUGGCCGUGGUCAGGAAUUCAGAGACGUCCUCUCAAAAAAGAUCAGAACGAUAGAAUCCGAAAAAAUCGAAGUUGCAGUCGGAUUACUUAAUAUCGCUGAAGAAUCGAACUAUGUGAUGAAGGAAGUGCAUCAGAUCCUCACGUACAUGGACGAUGAACAGACUAGAACUGUUUUCGAGCGCGUAAAGGACACAAUUAAAUUUGAUUCUUUCUCAUACUUGUUGAAUGCGCAGAAGAACAGAAAGACUGGGUCCGAUGAUAAGCUUAUAGCAGAGAUAUUCGAGGUAGCUUGCUCAAAGUGCGAUUCUGACUUCAAUCGUAAGACAUUAUCGAAAUUCUUGACUUCUGUCUCGAAUUACAAGACACCAGCUGGUUCAGACUUCCUUUCUGUCCUAACAGGAAAGAACUUUACCCAGCCAAUUGUCUGUUCUGACGUAAAUUCGCUUGUUAAUUCUACAAACGCGAUGCUCGACAAUCUCGACCAGAUCCACAAGAAGAUGAAGUUCUCCAGUGAGACUAAGAUUGGAAGAUGCCAUAAUUUGGACGAAUUUGUCCAAUUAAUGAGAAAUCUUCACGAUACUGAGUUCCCACACCUCAAGAAGAUCGCCUGUGCAAAGAUUGAGGAUGCCAUUCCAUUCUUGCGUAAGGAAGAUUCAGAUUUGGUCAAAUUAUAUCCAAUAAUUAUUCCAAAAGCCCUUGAAAAACGCGAAUUAUGCGAAGCAGCAUUAGAUGCAGCUCUUUCCAACUUCAAGGAGCUCCCAGAUAGAACGAAAGAAGCUUUAAUUAACAUGCAAGAAAUCAAUUUACCAUUAGAAUCAUCAGAAGCAUCCGCUCUUCUUCCAAACCUUCUUAGAAAGAACGAAAUUGGUGCUUUCUCAGAAAAGGCAAUUAAAAAAGUUAUUGACAUGUCCGACCAUGAUCAAAAAGUGACAACUGCUGCCGAACGAGCUUCUGAAAUUAUUAACCAGAACGGCUCAACCUUUGGUGCUGGCGGCAUCAACCGUAUUAUAGAGACAACAGAGGGAGCAGCCAGUGCUGUUUUAAAGGCAAUUGAAGAGAAUAUUUCGAAAGCUCAAAUGGGAAACAACAAUAUCGUAAAAAUAGUUCAUGAAUGGGUCUACAAUUCGAUUGGAAAGGCUACAGAUGAUGAAGUUAGACAUGUUGCCAUUGAUUUUGCUAAGAGAAACUACCAAUCAAAUCCAGAUGGCAACAAACGCCUUGAAAUCAACAUGAGUUGGGUAUACAAGGUUGUUAAACAUCUCACAGAACAGGGUGCUCCUGAGUUAUUUGCUCCUCUUUACGAAAUAGUUAAAGAUAGAAAGUCAAAGAGGGCAAAAAGACUCAUUUUCCACCUCUCUGGCAAAUCUAAUGAACCUCCGAAAGAGGAAGACGUGAAAUCUGAGGAAGAAAACCAGUAA